AUAACUAAAACCACCUUAAUUCCGUCAGAUAAAAACAUUUAAGUUCAGAAACAUGGGUUCUGUUGAUGUUCUUGCCGUUUUGGGAUCUUCAAUUAUAUUAAUUCUUACUUUCCCCUUUUCAGUAUUUUGGUGCUUCAAAGUCGUCAAAGAAUAUGAAAGAGCCGUCAUCUUUCGUUUGGGAAGAUUAAGAUCUGGAGGUCCUAGAGGACCCGGUGUAUUUUUUAUUUUACCAUGUGUUGAUACCUACAUGAAAGUGGAUCUAAGAACAGUGUCCUUCGAUGUUCCACCCCAAGAGGCUCUCACCAAAGACUCGGUCACAGUGAGCGUGGACGCUGUGGUAUACUACAAAAUUCAAGAUCCGCUGCUUUCAGUGACUCAAGUAGAAAACUACAGUAAUUCGACAAGACUUCUUGCGAUGACAACUCUUCGAAACAUAUUGGGAACACGAAACUUAUCAGAUAUUUUAGCAGAUCGUGAAACUAUAUCUCAUAUAAUGCAGACCAGUCUAGAUGCAGCUACAGAUCCUUGGGGAGUGAAGGUCGAAAGGGUUGAAAUAAAAGAUGUGAGGUUACCUUUGCAGUUGCAGAGAGCUAUGGCAGCUGAAGCUGAAGCCGCACGUGAAGCUAGAGCUAAGGUUGUGGCAGCUGAAGGUGAAAUGAAAGCUUCUAGAGCGCUUAAAGAAGCUGCUGAUGUUAUCAGUGAGUCACCGUCAGCGAUUCAGCUGCGAUAUCUGCAGACGUUGAAUAAUAUAGCAGGCGAGAAGAACUCAACGAUUGUAUUUCCUUUACCAAUUGAUUUUCUAUCUCAUUUUCUAAAUAUGAAUAACAGGACUUAAUGUGGAAAAUAUAUGAUAAAUGUUCCGAUUUCUUAAUGUGCAUAUAUAUUUAAAUGCUACUGUUACGAUCUCCUGAGUGUUAAAGAACAUUGCACUCAGUUAGGUUCAACCUUACUUUUACUCUAUGAUAUGAUUUUACUUAAAGGGCUCAUUAUUUAUUUAAUUUUUAAAGCUGUUAACAAUGGAUUGUAAACAUACUUUUUUCGUCUAUUUUUUUGUUUUUCUUAUCUUCAUCGUUAUCUGUUCUAGUAUGCAUUAUAGUAUAAAAUGUAAACUAAUAAAACCUAGAUAUUAAUAA